CUGCCGCGGGCAGGGCAGCGUCAGGGCCACUGCCUUGUGCACGCUGGCCCCGCAGCAGCCCUCCGCCCCGCCUCCGGAUAUGAAGGACUACCUGUGGAGAACGUACAACGAAGCCAAGAAAGUCACGAAAGACUUAGUCCCGUCGAUCAUGAGUAACUUGCUGAAUCCAGAUGCUAUUUUUUCCAACAAUGAAAUGAGUCUCUCGGACAUAGAAAUCUAUGGCUUUGAUUAUGAUUACACCCUAGUCUUCUAUUCGAAACAUUUGCACACAUUGAUCUUUAAUGCUGCCCGAGAUCUUUUAAUCAAUGAACAUCGGUAUCCUGCAGAAAUCCGGAAGUAUGAUUAUGAUCCAAAUUUUGCAAUAAGAGGUCUUCAUUAUGACGUACAUCGGGCGUUGUUGAUGAAGAUCGAUGCUUUUCAUUAUAUUCAGUUAGGAACUGUGUACAGGGGACUGAACGUCGUCCCAGAUGAAGAGGUCAUUGCCAUGUACGAUGGAUCCCACGUCCCCUUGGAACAAAUGAGUGACUUCUAUGGAAAGAGCUCACAUGGUAACACCAUGAAGCAGUUCAUGGAUAUCUUCUCUUUGCCUGAGAUGACACUCCUUUCGUGUGUGAAUGAAUAUUUCCUCAAAAACAACAUAGACUAUGAGCCGGUUCAUCUAUACAAAGACGUGAAGGACUCGAUCAGAGAUGUCCACACCAAAGGAAUAAUGUACCGUGCAAUUGAAGCAGAUAUUGAAAAGUAUGUUUGCUAUUCUGAGCAAACACGUGCGGUGCUAGCAAAGCUGGCUGAUCAUGGCAAGAAGAUGUUCCUCAUCACAAACAGUCCUAGCAGCUUUGUGGACAGAGGUAUGAGGUUCAUUGUUGGGAAAGACUGGAGGGAGCUCUUUGAUGUAGUCAUCGUCCAGGCUGAAAAACCAACCUUUUUCAAUGACAAGAGAAGACCUUUCCGUAAGGUGAAUGAACGAGGUGUUUUGCUUUGGGACAAAAUUUAUGAAUUGCAGAAAGGCCAAAUUUACAAACAGGGUAACUUGUAUGAAUUUCUGAAACUAACAGGCUGGAGGGGAUCCAAAGUCUUGUAUUUUGGUGACCAUAUUUACAGCGAUCUAGCAGAUUUGACCUUAAAGCACGGCUGGCGAACGGGUGCGAUUAUUCCAGAGUUACGAACAGAGAUUAAGAUCAUGAACACAGAACGUUAUAUUCAGACCAUGACCUGGCUUCAAACUCUUACUGGAUUACUAGAACACAUGCAGGUUUACAGGGACCCUGACUCUCAACUUAUUCUACAAGAAUGGAAGAAGGAAAGAAAGGAAAUGAGGGAAAUGACUAGGAAUUUCUUCAAUUCUCAGUUUGGAAGCUUGUUCAGGACCGACCAGAACCAAACCUAUUUCUUAAGACGCUUGUCUCGGUUUGCUGAUAUUUACAUGGCAUCUUUGAGCUGCCUGUUGAACUAUGAGCACGAUUAUACAUUUUAUCCAAGGAGAACUCCUCUGCAGCAUGAACUUCCAACCUGGUCAGACCAGCUGUGCACGGGUACAUUCAGAAUACCAUUUCUGCAAGAGAUGAUUCAGAUUAAAUAAGUGUUCUUCUCCAGACCUGCCAUAUACUUUUUGUAAUGUCAAAUCUUUAUCAUUCUUCUCUUUCAAUGGCUCAGUAAAGCAAAGUGUAUUUACUAUGACAUAAAUGUAUCUUUAGGAACAACGGUUUCUUCAGUAGUAGUUGUAACACAUCCUUAUAUGCCUACAGAGCAAAUGAGUCUAUUUAGCUGGUCUUGUCUCUUCUUCUUUUGGUGAGAGUUGAUGGGACGUGAUUGCACUGAGAGAAAAUAGAGCUUUCCCCACAGCUGAAUAUUUGUUGGAAGGAAAGAUUAUAUUUCCAUGAAAAAAAAAAUUCAAGUCUCCUCUUUUCUAGAGGUUAUAAAGCAUUCCUGUAUACAUUUUUCUUGUAUACUGUCAUACGAAGAACAUUGCUUUGGAUUUGAAUUUCAAUUAGUUGAAAGUGUAACUAUUUUUCUGCCAUGUGGGGGAACAAGAUGUCAAAUUUACAGAAGUUCUGGAGACAUAGAAAAAAAAAGUUCUGAUGUAUACUCUUUUCCCCCUCGGUAGUUGGUAGAAAAUGGAAUAUAUGCAGUCCUUGCCAAACCCGAAAUGAAUGUACCAAUUUAAGAAUGGGAAAUGGGUAUUUCCCAGAUGUACUUUGGAAUGGACAGCCAUGUUGCAAUGCUCAUGUGUGCUCCAUGCAGCUAUGGGUGUAUCUUGUGCAGAUGAGAUGCACAUUUUCACCUUGGACCAUUAGUUGCUGUGCAACUGAUUGUACACAAGCUGGUUCAGGGUCAAAUGUAUAAAUUAGGGCAUCUGUUUCUUACAGCUAUGAAAUAAUCCUAUUCUGGCCAAACAAACAAAAAAACCAAUUUAACGAACGUGUAAAACGUUGCUGGCAGUUUGUGUUACUCUAAGGUACAGAAGGAUGGUGGAUGUUGCCAGUUGACAAAAGAAGGUAAAUAAUUGGAAGUUAAAAUUGAUAAAAGUGGUAUAAUAAAGAGGAAAUCUAUUUUACCUAAGUUUAGCAUAGACUUCCACACUACAGAAACAGAAAGCUCAAAUUUCAAUACCUCUCUCAUAUCUUAACAGACUGUAAUAUUAAAAUCUAGUAGUACAUAGGAAUAUUUAGCAAAAAUGUAAACCUUAGAGCACUCAGCACUUUACUUUUAGUCAUACAUAUUGCCAGAACAUGGAAACAUUACUGUGCUUGUUAACGAUUUCUGAGAGUUGUGGUCCAAAAAAAGUAACUUUUUAAGGCUAACAUGGUCAAAUUCAGGGGUGUUAAAGCACCAUAGAGUUUGUGUCUGUGGUACACAAAAAUUGCCACUGUUUAAUAAGAAUGAAAUGCUGUACCUGUUGACCCAGUAGUAAACCCUGCUGAAUUGAAUGGGAAUUGCUUCUGAGUAGGUACAUGUACACACAGUGAAUGUUCUAAAUGUGCCUUCUUAUCAUCAAUCAGUAAUUUAAAAGAAGUUUUAGAAAGCAAUUCCACAGUCCUGCUGGCAGUGAAAAUACCAAGACUUUUUAAAAGAAGAGUUUCCUCCAAAUUGUCAAACCCUUUCACAUUACUGAAUGCCUUGCUCUAGGGUCAUGUGCUCUUAAUAUAUACAGUACAGUUAAAUAUUAACAUAGCUCAGUCCUCUGUAUGUUUCCUCAAGAAUGUAAGCUUUAAAAGAUGUUUAAUAAAGCUACAUUUCAGAAUGUCUUAAAAAGAAUGCAUGUUUUUUAGAUCUGGUGCAAAUUCCAUUCUAUUCUCCUCCUUACAUAAGACCCUUUUUUAUCUAAUUAGGGUUUGUAUGGAAGAAUAGCUUGGAAUAGUAGAUUUCUAAGAACUUUCCUUUCUUUAUUGCCAGCUAUUUGAAGACUGCAGAAAACUGACAUCAAUAACUGAAUUGUUCUAGGUCCUAAAGUGCUUAAACUGAUGGGCCAUAACACUUUUAACAUAGGCAUCACAGUUCAGAUAGAGCUCAAUAAAUGUAUCAUUCCUUAAAAUAAUUUUAAAAUAUUCUUCAUGUACGUUGCUGAACUUUUUAAAAUAUAGCAACAAUUACUCUUAUUUCUAGGGAAUACUUUGGCCCCUGAAAUGCUGGUCAGGUAAAUAUAUGUUUUCAAAUUUUGUAAGCAUUUCUAUGUGUGUGGGAAUUUGCAGUUGGCAUUGUUUCUUGAUGGUGUGCUGCACAAUUGAGAAUAGUCUGCUGGCAUGAUUCCAUCCUGCCCAAGAGUUCGUCUUUUUGACACAGAAUUCAAAGUAGAGCUAAGCUGAAGUUUUCCCUGGCUUUCUUUUUGCCUUGAAACCCAUGGUUUUACAGGCUUAAAACCCCUUUGUGUAGGGAGCGACUCUAACCAAACCACUGAAUCUUUUCUUGCUUUGACAACAUUUAUUUUCUUGUUUGUUGUCCUUGGGUGAUCUUAGCCCACAUAAAUCAUGUAGUAAAUAUGAUAAUGAAAGAAUGUGUAACCAGUUUGACCGUUGCAAAUAUUAGGAGGGACGAAUAUUUUGAACCUCGUUUCAUUAAGAGUAGUGCUUCCUAUACAGGUGACAUAGUCAAUCCUAGUGAAUCAUUCUACUGUAAUACCAAACAUUUUCAUAAUCCCUUGUUAUAAUCCCUUGGCAUUAUACCAGAAUGUUCCUCUUCUGUUUACUCAGCCCUUCUUCUUAGUUCUCUGAAAUGCUGGCCAAAUAAUGUGGUGGUGGUGGUAUGCUGAGGGAUCUGUUUUUCAGUAUUGUUGGGGUGUAUGCUUAUAAAUUUUAUAUUUGACAUGCAGUGCAUGACUUCCGCUGAAUAUUAUAACAAUGCUGUUUGCUAGAUAGAAUAAAAGCCUGCUGAGUUUGUGGCAACGCUGUGUCAAAAUAGUCUUAAUAUCUGCUCCUUGUUUAUUUAAAAGCAAACAGCUUAAAAUGGAAAAAUCUUUGGAGACAGAAAUGAUGGCUAAUAAAGCCCAAAAGGAAAUGUAACAUUACUUGAAAUACAAAAAGUCAGUCCUAAUGGCCUUUUGAAUAUUGUUCUUGUUGAAGGAGGAAUUGGGUAUGCAUUCAGACAAUACAACAUACUGUAAAAAUCUUUAAAGGAUCACAAAUAUGAAUUAACAUAUAUAUUAUGCAGCAUCAUUGUGUGUGUAUGUUCAGUCUCAACACACUGCCAAUGUUGGAACUUUGUAGAAAAGCAUUUCUGUGAAGAAUAAAAACUUGAUUUCUUUUUCUAAA